AUGAGCGAUUCCCGAGCAACAAAACCCUCUGCUGUUGUGACCGAAUCAGAGCGCCCCGAAGCCAGCAGCAGUUCCGACUCUCGCACUGAAUCCCUGCACCCCGACGCACCAAUCGAAGCAGUUGGACACCUAGAAGUCGAAGACGACGAGACACCAACACCGCGCUUCAUGCAAGAAGAGGGCGCUUGGAAGAGGUGGAAAUGGGUGCCAUAUCCCGUCCGCAGAUUCAGCAUCGCUGCUGUAAAGUGGUCAAAAGGGCCUAGAGAGCCCAAAGUAUACAAGAUCAAGCCUUUGCUUCCAAAAGUCCAGGAAGCCCCCUUGGUUUUGAUGGACAAAUACCUACCGAAACAAAAGCAUCGAGUUUGGUUAUUCAUUGGCUAUGUGGCCAUUUGGAUACUCACCUUUUGCUUGGUCAUGCGUUCAGGGUUGAAGGCUUCGGAGAUUGCAGACUAUGGAACACCCAGCGACAUUGCAUGCGGGACAACAUACUGGGUGUCUGGGAAUCAGUGUGGAACCGAUGGCAACAGCUGCAGGCCGUUCACUGAUUCAGGCUUCGCUUUCAAGUGCCCUGCCAACUGCGCAAGCUACAAGGUCCUCAACCCCAGAGCCGUGGGCGACCAGGAAGUCGUUUAUACGCAACUCGUUGUUGGAGGCCCUUCGAGCUCGGCAAACACGACCAGUGCAAUCUAUCGAGGCGAUUCCUACAUUUGCGGCGCCGGUGUUCAUGCUGGUGUUGUCAGUAACAGCAAAGGUGGAUGUGGCGUUGUCAAGCUCAUCGGGCAACACUCCGACUUUGUCAGCUCGACAAGGAACGGCAUCUCCAGCGUUGGAUUCGACUCCUAUUUUCCACUAUCCUACACCUUUGAGACGGGAAUCGAAUGUGAGACCAAAGAUGUUAGAUGGUCCUUGCUCGCCGUUUCGGUUACCUUUACUGCAGUUCUGUCGCUGGUGACCUCGUCUCCCGCGCUUUUCUUCUUCCCAGUCUUCAUUGGAAUCUUCUGGCAGGUCGGCAUGGCUUCUGAUGCUCCGUCGCAUAGUUCCGUCGCUGGACUAUUCUCAAAUAUCCUGGGCAAGUUUUUGCCUGCCAUGUUUUGCGCUUGGGUCAUGUAUGACAAGAUGGGCAUCAGAAGGACCCUGCAAGACUGCACUGCUCAGAUCGAGAAGACUGUCUUGUGGCUUGGGGCUUGUUGGGUCGGCGCUCUAACAAAUUACACAUUUGAUUUCAUCCCAAUCCAAAGACUGACUGGGCACGACCUCGAUCAACAACCAGGCGCCAAGGUCGCUCUAGCAAUCAUUGUGAUUGUUCUUACAGCCGUGGCAGUAUCGCAGGUCUGGUUCUUCCGGCAAGAGGCACGCCUAACCAAGUACCUGAAGCUGUACUGUUUGUUUGUCAUUGGCAUUAUUAUUUGUUUGGUGCUGCCGGAUCUUAGCCUCCGAAUUCACCACUAUAUCCUCGCAUUGCUUCUCCUCCCAGGGACCAGCAUGCAAACGCGGCCAUCCUUACUCUACCAAGGUGUGCUCGUCGGCCUGUUUAUCAACGGUAUUGCACGUUGGGGCUUUGAGUCUGUAUUGCAAACAUCUUAUGCCCUUCAAGGUGAUGCGCAGCUUGGCUCGCCGUUGCCAAGCAUUCUUACCCCGGCCAUCAGUCUGGCUGCGAAUGCGACUUCUAACGAGAACGCAACCGCUGCCGCUGCGGAGAUGUCAUCAAUCACUUUCAACUGGCAGUCACCUCCAGCCCCUCAAUUUGAUGGCAUUAGCAUUCUUGUCAAUGACGUCGAACGAUUCAGGAGUUAUUUCACUGACGUUGAUGCCGAAGAAAGUUUUAGCUGGAGCCGCGAGAGCAAUCUUGAUCUGAAUGAGUACUUUAGAUUUGCCUGGAUGCAAGGGAGCUCGACAAUGGAUUAUACGAAAGCCGGCAUUUGGACUGCGGAUGGCACAUGGUCGCAAAUGGCUGAUGGGCCAUCCAAGGUGAAGGCUAGGAAUAUUGACGGCGAGACACAAUUUUUGAGAUAG